GCAAAUUAUUCUUGAGACUAUGAAUAUUUAAUGGUCUUGAAGACAAACAAAACAGAAUGUUUUUCUUCACUGUGAUUGGUUUAACAUUGUCAUGACAAGCUUUCGAUUCCAAGAAUAGCUAAAAGAGAGAGUCACAAGACUUGAUUGUUUCAAGUUGAUUGCUUAGAAAUCGUCUAGCUUUGCUCGCUCGCUUUUGCCGGACGGGCAACAUGGACAUUAAAACGUUGUUCCAUAAUCUUCGAGAAGAAGUAUCUUGUCUAGUGUGCACCAACAUAUACACGGAUCCAAAACAACUCCCAUGUCUCCACAGCUUUUGUCUCCAUUGCUUGAAUCAGUGGCACAGAACAAGCCAUGGCCGAGACACAAUCAGAUGCCCGAAGUGCCAAGCUCUUAGCAGAGUGCCUGAAAGUGGCGAUUUGAAAGAUCUUCCAACCAGUUUUUAUCUGAACGGCUUGAUUGAUGUGCUGGCAAUUAGAGAAUACCAAACCAGCCAAGCGAAAUGUGGAAAUUGUGACAAGAGCAGCUCGGAAAGUUCAUAUUGUUUCCAGUGCUGUAUGUUUUAUUGUCAAGAGUGCGUGCUUGGGCACAACAUCAUGAAAAGCUACAAAGAUCACCGUGUCCUGGCGCUUAAAGACUUUGAAGUCAAGGACUAUGAGGAUGUAAUGAAACGACCCGUUUUUUGUCCUAAGGAAGAUCACAACAAAGAAGAGCUGAAGUACUUUUGCAAGACUUGCGAAAUACCAGUUUGCCAAAUUUGUGUCACAUUGGACCACGGUGGCCAUAAUAUGAAAUUAAUCAAGGAAGAGGUAGAAAUACAGAAGAGUGAGAUGAGGUCGUUGCUUGAAAAGCAGAGACGUAAUUUGCAAGCUAAGAUGAAAACUGUCAAUCAACUUGAUGAAGAGUUCGCCAAGCUGAUGCAACAAGCCGAAGACGUGAAGAGAGAUGUUCAAAGACUUGUUGACAAUCUCGUCGCCGUUAUUGAGGCGAAAAAGCAAAAUAUACUAUCAUCGUUGGAGAAAGAAACGAGCAGAUCGCUUGAUCUUGUAACGGAGCGAAAAACCGAAAUUCAACGGCAAAUUACGGCCAUAGAAUCUUCGCUGGAAAAUGCUGAUAAGCUUUUAACUCGUAGCAGUAAUGCUGAAAUCGUUCAACUCAAGAAAUCAUUAGACGCCAUUUUUGAAGGAGUUUCUCAAACCGAGCCAAUUAACCGUAGCACCGAAAGCCUUCCGGCUGGUUUCAUUUUCAAGCAAAAUCCAAAACUGUUGGAGACUGUGAAAACUGAUGACAUUGGAACUUUGCAAAUCUUGCAACUCACUAAGGCAAAUCAUGUAAUUUGCGAAGGCAAAGGAAUUGAAGAAGGAAUGGUAAACUGUGAGGCACAAUUCACUUUGACCUCAAGGAACAUUCGUGGAAAACAGUGUUACAACGAACGUGACCAUGUCACGGUGGAGAUCAGAGAUAAACGAGGACGGGAAUGCGCGACGGAGGUUGGAAUAAAUGACUGUGGAGAUGGACUCUACCAGAUCAAGUAUACUCCAAAAGAUCAAGGAAGGUGUAAAGUGAGUGUAAAAAUAAAUGGGGAACAUAUUAAUAGAAGUCCUUUUACCGUAUUCGUAAAACCAUUUCAAUUCAAACCUGUUUUAUCUUUCGGUAAGAAAGGUUCGUCUUUAGCAUUGUUUAACAGUCCUACUGGACUAGCAGUAAAUGCUAGGAAUGAGAUAGCUGUAGCUGAUAAUCUCAACCACAGAAUUCAAAUCUUUGACAGUGACGGAAAUUACAUAAGAUCCUUUGGCAAAGUGGGAGAGCUUCAAAGUCCUAGAGGAAUAGCAUUUCAUAACAAUGGGAAUAUUUUCGUCGCGGAUAGAUCGAGUCGGAUUCAGAUUUUCGAUGGGAGGGGUGGGUACAUACGAAGCUUUGGAGGGUUUGGUAGGCUUGAUUACCAACUUAAGAAUCCUUGGAGUUUAUCUGUAGACAGUGACGGGAAUGUGAUCGUUGCUGAUAAAGGAAACAGCUUAAUUAAAAUCUUUUCUCACGAUGGAAAGUUCCUUAUGAAAAUAGGUGGACAGGGCUCUUUGAAAUCUCCUAUGCAUUGUAUUCAGUAUGAUAGGUAUCUCGUAGUGUCAGACAGUGGUGAACAGUGUAUCAAAGUUUUUGACAGGAAUGGAAACUUUCAGCACAAGUUCGGAAAGAUAGGUAGUGGGGACGGGGAGUUUGAUGGUCCUUCUCGUAUGGCAGUGAACAAAUCAGGGCACCUGAUGGUCUGUGAUGAAUGUAAUCAUAGAGUACAAGUAUUUGAAAUAAAUGGUAAGUUUAUUGGCAAGUUUGGAACGAAAGGCAGCAAUUUAGGAGAGUUUCAAAAUCCUGUGUCCCUUGCAGUUCUAGGUAACGGCCGAAUUGCUGUGAGUGAAUUCAGCAACCAUCGUAUUCAGUUAUUUGAAUGAAAGAAACAUCAAUAUCAGGUCAGAAGUAAUAAGCCUAUAGUGACAGAAAA